AUGCUUUCCUCUCUUCUCAUUCUCUUCAUGUUAAAUUCAGUUGUUCAAGCGUUAAAAUGUCCAUCAUGUGAACUUCAACUCAAAAUCGGUGAAUCCAUUCCAAGUUCAUCAUCAUUACCGGAUGAAUGUGAAAUAUCUGAAAAUGAGAUCGCUUUGUGUAAAUUAUUUCUUUCGAUUGAUUAUUCUACUGAUCAUGUUUAUGUUUGGUGGAGUCCAAUAUCGAAUUCGAUUGUAGAAGAACAAAGUGAUCUUUUAGAACUUCCGUUACCAUUGAAGCAAAACCAAAAAAGUAUCACCAAGUAUCAAUUUGAUUAUAGAUUCAAACCCAAUGAGGCGUUUUACAUGGGUGCGGUUGUUUAUUGUCAUCUAAGUGAUUUGUGUAUCAUCGAUGAAACUCAAACUCUUGUCACUCGUUUGUAUUCUUUGAAACAAAUCUCGUCGAAAAUUCGCCAAGAGCUCGAACCUUAUGUUCUUCGAUCUUCAACAUCUCCAUCGACAAUCAAAUGUUUUCAUAGUUUUUCAGAUCGAGUUAUUGACUGUGGUAAUAUUAAUGAAAGUGCCUGUUUCAUUGGAAUACGACCGAUGACAACUGAAAUUGCAGCUGGUUGUACCGGAGAUUAUGAUCAACUGUUCGUUAGUGUUUCGUUUCAUGUAGCAAAUUCUCAAGCAUCGAAAGGAACAUGUGGAAUCCAUUGCAAUCGUGAUCAAUGCAAUACGAUGAAAGCACAUCGAAAAUUAAUUCAAAUCGCACGAAAAUAUAUCUUAGGCACAAAUUAA